AGAACCACUGGUGGGUGGGUGUUUCUGUUUCUGCCCCGUGCUAUCCUCCUCUCUAAGGAUCAAAGCUACACAUCAAGGCUUUCAAAUGCCAAAGCCAGCCUUUAUUAAGGUUUUCUUCCCACAACGUUCAAAUCUUGGGUGUUUCAAGGUUGGGGAGAAUGUGAGAAACCUGGGGAUGAUCAAUAGAAGAGAGGUGUGCCACAGAUUCAGAGUAAGUCACUGGGAGAGGGAGGGGGGAAGGCAGCAGGGCAAGCGCAGCGGCAGAGCAAAUCCGGUGUUUCUAUGGGUCCACACCGCACCAACCCCCCUGCCACCUCACCCUACAACACACUUGCUGAGGCGCUGGUGUUGUGGGUCUAGCCCACGUGGAGAGCUGCUUCUGGUUACCUGUGCAUUUUAGGGGAAUCCACCCCUCACCUGAGCAUGAAGUCCCAACAGCCUUGUUUCCCUCCAUGCCUCCACCAUCAGGUUCGUCUUCUUCUAUCUUUACCACUACUUCAGGGAAUCCUGAUCAAUACAGGGAAGGCAACGGUGAGUGCCAGCUAGUUUUCUGUGGAAAAAUUCCUCUCACCUCCCUCAAUACACAACAGCUUUCAAAUGAGGUGGCUUCUCCAUUACCUCACCAGUGGUGUGGCCUGGAGCCUCGUUUUCUUCCCUUCUUUUUUGUGUGCUACAGAACCCAAGCCUUCUCUCCUCCUCACUAAAAUCCAGGAAUCCCACUCGGGCUUGAAAACUGAAAUUUCUGCUAAAGUGCAGAAGACGCCGACGUAAUCACGUAGGGAAUAAUGUGAAAUGCACCAGAGGGGUGUUCAUUUUAACCCCCACGUGUACCUCCAAAGUUUGUGAAGGGUCUUGUGGGAAGCCCCACAGCUUGCUGGCUGCGCAUAUGGAGUUGUUGUGGGGUGGGGUGGGCCUCGAUCCACAAGAGCUUAAGCCACAUUAAAUCCUUCAGCGUUCCAGGAGCCACAAAACGCUUUGUUGUAUUUUGCUGCCAGAGAUGAAUAUGGCCACCCCACUGGAAUGCUGGGAAACCAGGAAGAGGCCUGCCCACAGAUGAUGGCAAAAUUAGGGUUGCCAUACAUCUGGAAUUCCCCGGACAUAGCUGGAAUACAGCAGUUGGAAGCAGAAAUCACUGAAAUGUCUGGGGAAAUCCCAACAUAUGGCAACCCAUGUCAAAAGUCUAGAUUUUGCCAAAUUUCAUUUUUGAGAUUUUGCACAACAACUUUGGCCGAAAAGAAUAAUAAAAAAACAACCUCAACAACUUUGCCAAAAAAAAAAAGGUCCGAAUUUUCACUUUCUGAAAUACAGUGGUACCUCAGUUUUUGAAUGUAAUCCAUUCUGGAAGACAGUUUGAGUUCUGAAACGUUCAAAAACCAAAAACUCAACAGCCAACUGCUAGGCACUCAGUGGAAGCCGUGUGGCAUGUUCGACUUCCAAGGUGUGUUCGAAAACUGAAGCAUUUACUUCCGGGUUUACGGCGUUCGAAAACCGAAAUGUUCGUCAACGGAGACGUUCAGAAACCGAGGUACCACAGUAUAUCAACCCUAGCUAAAUGGGUCCCAGUUUCUCGAUUAGAUCUUUCACCUGACUGGGCAGUUGGGGAAGUGCUGUUUUCCUCAGAAAUCUGAUGAUUCGGGGUCCAUGGUUCCUCUUCUACCUUUAUCGUCACGUCAGGGAACUCUGAUCAAGAGAAAAACGUCAGAAGGUGAGGCACAGGAGGAUGGUUCAAUCAUGAGUGGCAGGCAGUUUCUCUGCCUCCUCCCAUUCCGAGCUGCCCACAUAUUAAGAUCUGUAUGAGAGGAAGGUCUGCUGGUGGCCCACACACCUCAGGACACUUGUGGGAUGGAGUCCCAUGCACAGGGCUCUCUCUUGCCAUUGGAGCACCAACCCCUCUGAGGCGGACCUCACCACAACAUUGGUGUCAUUUCAUGAGCCGGUGAAGUUGCAUCUCUGUUCUCAGGAUUUUGGGGUGGGGGUGACAUGAAGCCCCUGAAUUUCUGUCGCUGCUGGUGGUUUUAUUGUAAGCAGAUUCUGUAUUUUGUUUUUUUCCUACACUGUUUCAAUCCUAUGGUUUAAAAAUGUUUGCUUUGGGCAGUAUAACAUUCCUUGCCCUGGGACUUUUGGGCGAAAAGCAGAUUAUAAAGUAAAGGUAAAGGGACCCCUGACCAUUAGGUCCAGUCGUGGCCGACUCUGGGGUUGCGGCGCACAUCUCACUUUAUUGGCCGAGGGAGCCGGCGUACAGCUUCCGGGUCAUGUGGCCAGCAUGACUAAGCCGCUUCUGGCGAACCAGAGCAGCACACGGAAAUGCCGUUUACCUUCCCGCCGGAGCGGUACCUAUUUAUCUACUUGCACUUUGACGUGCUUUCGAACUGCUAGGUUGGCAGGAGCUGGGACCGAGCAACGGGAGCUCACCCUGUCACAGGGAUUCGAACCACCGACCUUCUGAUCAGCAAGCCCUAGGCUCUGUGGUUUAACCCACAGCGCCACCCGUGAUAACUGUUAAUGUUGUGGUUCUGGACUGUCAGGGGUUAACAAUCCAGGAGCGUUCUUAUCAACUGGGUGCACUGCCCAUAUGAUCCAUGCUUGUUUGCUUUGAUCUGUGCUCUGUGGGGGCUGAGCUCUCUCUGGAGAGCAGUCUGUCUGGGAACGCUAGCAAGGUCCUUCCGUUUUUUGUUAAGAGGCAGAGAGCUGUGAACAUGCAGCUAGAUUCUGCAGGUUUUCUUUUCUGUUUUGAGUGCUACUAAAUAAAGAGUUUUGGAUUAGAAGCACUGGUGUCGAGCUGCGUUAUUGAGGACACCACGUUGCCACAGAUAAGCCAUUUGAUGCUGUGUGUGGACUCUGCUAUUAUCCGGCAACGGGAGAGAGUGGCAGCGCGCGGAGUGGAAGCGUGUGGGCACCAUUGGAAGUUUGUCGGAGUGGCAAGAAAUCCAUUAGCACAAAGGGGGCACUGCCAGCUCCCUGCCUUUAACCCUAUCAGAUGCAUACCAGCUGCCAAUGGAGUUCUACAAUUGCAGGGCCGUUGCAGCAGACUCUGUGGGUCAAUAGAUAUACGACCCAACAAACUUUCACAGUUAUGGGAUGAAUGAAUGAUCAUGAUGAAGAAUCUUUCUUUCUCCACGACUACAAGAAGAAAAUAAAAUCUAGUGGCGGGGGUGGGGUGGGGGAAAGACCCUCAGAAUCAGAAAGUGUGAGGCUCUCCGUAUAGCUUCAUAGCUAAUGUGAACUAGUAGAAAAGGACCCAAAACACAUUCAUAUACAAACUGAACACAUUAGAAUAGCCACCUGUCAUUUUGUGACCAAGCAGAAUUGAACUCCCUCUUAAAAAGCAGAGACAUCACCUUGCUGACAAAGGUCCGUAUAGUAAAAGCUAUGGUUUUCCCAGUAGUGAUGUAUGGAAGUGAGAGCUGGACCAUAAAGAAGGCUGAUCGCUGAAGAAUUGAUGCUUUUGAAUUAUGGUGCUGGAGGAGACUCUUGAGAGUCCCAUGGACUGCAAGAAGAUCAAACCUAUCCAUUCUGAAGGAAAUCAGCCCUGAGUGCUCACUGGAAGGACAGAUCCUGAAGCUGAGGCUCCAAGACUUUGGCCACCUCAUGAGAAGAGAAGACUCCCUGGAAAAGACCCUGAUGUUGGGAAAGAUGGAGGGCACAAGGAGAAGGGGACGACAGAGGACGAGAUGGUUGGACAGUGUUCUCGAAGCUACCAGCAUGAGUUUGACCAAACUGCGGGAGGCAGUGGAAGACAGCAGUGCCUGGCGUGCUCUGGUCCAUGGGGUCACGAAGAGACGGACAUGACUAAACGACUAAAUAAUAAGGUACCCACGGGUGUACAGGGAGUUCAAUCCUGCUUCCUGCAGGGAUAGGAUUUGAGAGCAGCCCUACUAUCCACAUCUCUGCAUGCCCCAUAGAACAUCAGGUAUGGGGCAGAUGGGCACAAUUUAGGGGGAAACAACCUUGUAGUCAAAUGGGGAGGCCUGGUGUUUCAAAUCUGGUCGGGUGGGGGGCAAAGUUCCCUAGGUAACCUGUAUCAUCCAAAUCCACCCCACACCUAGCCAGUCACCUAGGAAGAUCUUGCUUUCCUCAGAGCCCUGGGGACCGGCUGCCGGGAGGUCUUCCUCAUCUUCUUUUUCUUCCUCCUUCAUUUUCAGUGUCACCUUAGGACAGCCUGAAACCAAGAGAAAGACAGAAGGAGAAAGUGUAAGGCUGGAGAAGACCAUGGCCGGGGAGUUAGAGGGGGAGGGAUGUUGACUAGUUUCUGCUCAAAUACCAGGGCUCAACCCCUCUAGUAUCUCCAGGCAGGAUUGGGAGAGAAUUCUCCCUGCCUGAAACUGUGGUAAGCUGCUGCCAGUCCGUGUAGACUAUAUUGAGCUACAUGGUCUGACUUCGUACUUCCUAUGUUCCCAAAAAGAAUAGAGAAUGGCAAACACAUAAUAAUAAUAAUAAUAAUAAUAAUAAUAAUAAUUUUUAUUUCUACUCCGCCCUCCCCAGCUCAGAGCGGCUAACUAGUAAUAAUAAAAACAAGUUGAAUGAAUACAAGUUAGAAACAAAAUUAAAAUACAACAUUCAAAUAUUGAAACAUUAAAAUAUUAAAAUGUAGCCUCAUCGCAGGAAGAGAAAGGAAAAGAAACAAGAAAGAGGGGGAGGGAAUCAAAUUGGCUCCAAGCCAAAGGCCAGGCGGAAUAACUCUGUCUUACAGGCCCUGCGGAAAGAAAUCAGAUCCUGCAGGGCCCUGGUCUCAUGAGGCAGAGUGUUCCACCAGGCCGGAGCCAGAGUUGAAAAGGCCCUGGCUCUGGUUGAAGCUAAUCUAACUUCCUUAGGGCCCGGGACCACUAGGGUGUUGCUAUUUAUGGACCUUGAGGCUCUCCGUGGGGCAUACCGGGAGAGGCGGUCCCGUAGGUACGAGGGUCCCAGGCCGUGAAGGGCUUUAAAGGUCAAAACCAGCACCUUAAAUCUGAGCCUGUACUCCACCAGGAGCCAGUGCAGCUGGAAAAGCACUGGGUGAAUAUGCUCCCAUGGCAGAGACCCCGUGAGGAGCCUCGCUGCAGCAUUCUGCACCCGCUGGAGUUUCUGGGACAGCUUCAAGGGCAGCCCCACGUAGAGCAUAAGGGCAGAAAACGUUCAAUGGCUCCUAUAGAGGACUGCCGGCUCCCUUCCUGGUGCUGAGCCAGAUCUUUUUAGCAGCGGCCAGAAACCAAGCAGGUGGCACGGUGGAAAAACUCAAGGCCCACUUUUUCUCCCUGCCCCACGGGAGUUAAUGAGAGGUUCUGUGUCUCAAACCCUCAAGGUUCUUCAGCUAAUAAUUCUGUCCCUGAGACAUCAAUACUUAAAGCAUACUUAUUAGAAAGGGAGGCUGGUCCAUUAGCACAAAGGGGGCACUGCCCGCUCUGCCUUCUCAGGGGCUAUGGCUCCCCCUAGUGUUGGCCUCCCUGCCUUUCACCCUAUCAGAUGGAUACCAGCUGCCAAUGGAGCUCUACAAUAGCUUUUGUUCAAACAGCCACAGGAUUACUCUGGUAAAAUGAUUUUAAGCAGAAGCAUUGUAACAAAUCCCUGAACAACUGGCCUAUUGGUCUAUAAUGACACAUUCUCUGUGCUCCUGUCUCUCACCUGAGUGGGCAGCUGAGGAAGUCUUAGCGUUCUCCACUCCUAUAAUUUGCUGUACCGUCUCUUGUUCUAUCAGAUCAGGAGCUUCUGAUUAGGAGAAAGAUGGGGGGAAAACCUCCACAAGAGUGCUGAGGAGAGAGAUUUCGACCUCUGCAAGCUGCAGGAAAGAAUAUAGAAAGAACAUAAAGGACUCUGCUGGAUCAGACCAAAAGUCCAGCAUUCUGCUUUGGUACACCAAUUGUGGAAUGACUUUCCCAAGUAUUAUCAGACUUUUCACAUGCUGCUGUUUUUAAUUAUUACUACCAGUUUAUUUACUAAAGCCCUGUACAUAGCCCUGGGCUUUUUAAAAAACGUUUAGUGCUGGAUGUUUUCCAAUUUGUUUGGGGGGUUUUUUUAGCUGAAAUUUGUAAUAUAAUUUCAAUAUAUGUUGCAUUUUAAUUUGACUAGCUGCCUUUUAUGCUAACAUGAUUUUUUUCCUUUGUAUUUUUAUGUUGUGAACCGCUCCGAGAUCUACCGGUGAAGGGCAGCGUAAAAAUUCAAUUAAAAAAUAAAUGAAAUAAAAGAUAGAGGAAAAAAAUGUAUACAUUACAUUAAUAGGUAGUGAGAGCUUGAAAGGUUUUGGUUUGUUUCACCCAGAAGAGAGAUAAAAGAUUGCAGACGUGCGAUGAAAAGAACAGAAACGAUGGGAAAUGAGAUAAGCUGGACAUUUCAAUGUGUGGGAAUGGCUGUAAUCCUCAACACAAGUCCUACAGAAGAGGACAUAAAUAAUGCCCUAUUAUUUAUUUAUUAUGUCUCUAAUCCUGCUCUCCUGCAAGGAGCUCCCCAAUUUUGAGCUCCCCAAUUUCUCCUCUCAACAACCCUGCAAGGGGCUCUCCAAAGGCUGACUUCAUGUCUAGAGAGCCAGUGUGGUGUAGUGGUUAAGAGCGGUAGUCUCGUAAUCUGGGGAACCGGGUUCGCGUCUCCGCUCCUCCACAUGCAGCUGCUGGGUGACCUUGGGCCAGUCACACUUCUUUGAAGUCUCUCAGCCCCACUCACCUCACAGAGUGUUUGUUGUGGGGGAGGAAGGGAAAGGAGAUUGUGAGCCGCUUUGAGACUCCUUAAAGGGAGUGAAAGGCGGGAUAUCAAAUCCAAACUCUUCUUCUUCUUCUAGAGUGGGAAUUUGAAUCUAGAUCUCCUCGCUCCUGAUUCAGCCCUCUAACCUAGACAGCAUCUUAAAAAGAAGAGACAUCACCUUGCCAACAAAGGUCCAUAUAGUAAAAGCUAUGGUUUUCCCAGUAGUGAUGUAUGGAAGUGAGAGCUGGACCAUAAAGAAGGCUGAUUGCCGAAGAAGUGAUGCUUUUGAAUUAUGGUGCUGGAGGAGAUUCUUGAGAGUCCCAUGGACUGCAAGAAGAUCAAACCUAUCCAUUCUGAAGGAAAUCAGCCCUGAGUGCUCACUGGAAGGACAGAUCCUGAAGCUGAGGCUCCAAUACUUUGGCCACCUCAUGAGCAGAGAAGACUCCCUGGAAAAGACCCUAAUGUCGGGAAAGAUGGAGGGCACAAGGAGAAGGGGACAACAGAAGACGAGAUGGUUGGAUAGUGUUUUCGAAGCUACCAGCAUGAGUUUGACCAAACUGUGGGAGGCAGUGAAAGACAGGAGUGCCUGGCGUGCUCUGGUCCAUUGGAUAUGACUAAACGACUAAACAACAAAAUUUACUUAUUACAUCUUUAAUCUUGCUCUCCUGCAAGGUGCUCAAGGCGGGCGACCCUGCAUCCUCGCCCCCAAUUACUCCUCUCAACAACCCUGCAAGGUAAGCCAGUCUUAGAGAAGGGGCUGUCCAAAGUCUGACUUCAUGCCUUGAGUAGGAAUUUGGAUCUAGGUCUCCUCGCUCCUAAUUCAGCCCUCUAACCACUACGCGACACCGUUUUACAAUUGUGUGGCACCUUUGCUUAGGGGAGGCGUUGCACUUACGCUUAGGGUCGCUUCCCUGGCUGAAAGGAUCCUCGGUCUCUGCUCUCCCUUCCGUUGCCGGCUUGAAAGGCACCCUCGCCAGGAAUCCUUCAAGAAGCGGAAUCCUCAACCGAUCUCUCUCUUUUCUCUUUCUCUCGCGUUUGCGCCAGGAAUCCCUACUGCGUCUCCUCGAUCACCACCACCGUCUCCUGCGCGCUUGUCUUUUUUAUUUCUAUUUCCCUUUCUCCUCCUCCACCAGAUCGCUCAAUGGGGAGAGCUGGCGGCUUUGCUCUUUGUUUUCCGCUUCCCACCAUGUGAUCGAAGGAAAGCCGAUUCCAAAAGGGAAAAAAAUCCUCCCCCUUGGCUACCUGAGCGCAUGGAUGGAGCGAGGGUGGAUGCGCUUGGCAAUUGAUUCCUUGGGGCUGCUUGAAUUCAUUGCCGUGGGGGAGGGGCGGCUUUGCAGUUUUUGUUUGUUUGGUAAAACCCACCCCCACUCAUAUUUGUAGGCUUACUCUGAAGUAAGUGGAACGGGAGUCGUGGACUCUCCUCCCAAUCACCUUGUUUUUACAUGAGUAGAAUGUGUCCUUUUAUUUAAAAUGCAUCUCUGGGUUAUUUGUGGGGCAUAGGAAUUCGUUCAUUCCCCCCCCCAAAAAAUAGUCCUGCCCCCCACAUGUUCUGAGGGACAGUGGACCGGCCCCCUGCUGAAAAAGUUUGCUGACCCCUUUUCUAAACCCUUAACUCUGGAGUUGAUGGUUUGCUCCCAGUCAAAUGCACAGGGCUGGGUUUCUCGGCUGCCCGCACCCCGAAUCUUUUGCGCGCUUACUCGAGAGUAAGCCAGUGACCUCAGCGAGUCUUGUUACAGAUAGGUAGCCGUGUUGGUCUGCCAUAGUCAAAAUAAAAAAAUUCCUUCCAGUAGCACCUUAAAGACCAACUAAGUUAGUUCUUGGUAUGAGCUCAGCGAGUCUUGGUAGUAAAAGCAGGCAGGAUUGAGUUGCUGAUCUUUUUGCCCCCGCCCCUUCCUGCUCCCUUUCUUGGCUCUUGCGCAAAGGUGACUUAGAGAGCUACUUGCUCUCAUUCCUCCAGCCUAACUUCAGCAAAUAUAUGUAGAAUACAGUGGUACCUCGGGUUACAUACGCUUCAGGUUACAGACUCCGCUAACCCAGAAAUAUUACCUCGGGUCAAGAACUUUGCUUCAGGUUGAGAACAGAAAUCGUGCUCCAGCGGUGUGGCGGCAGCGGGAGGCCCCAUUAGCUAAGGUGGUGCUUCAGGUUAAGAACAGUUUCGGGUUAAGAACGGACCUCCGGAACGAAUUAAGUACUUAACCCGAGGUACCACUGUAUAUGCAUUUGGAAACUAAGGCGCAGAAGAUGCUGAUGACUGGGCUGCUGUCCGUUCAAAUUAUAUUUUAAUUGCCGGUUUUAGAUACACUGUGAUGCAUUUUAAGUAUUGCUUUUAACCAGUUUGUUAUUAUUCUGUAUUUUGUAACUGAUGUUGUAAGCCACCUUGAAACCUGACUUGGCAGGAUAAAAAUAGAUUAAAUAGAAAAUAGAUUUUAAAAUAAGAGAGAGGCCGUGGGGUGGAAUCCAGGCUGGCUUUGAGCUUCUUGGAGGAUGAACCCUGUUAUUUUCUGCCUUCUGCACAUCACAACCGCAUUUUGCUUUGUACCUGGUAACUGAUGCCCAAUUAUUUGUUGUCUGCAUUGUUCCAUGUUAUUCAUCUACAUCACAGAAUCAUAGCAUUAUAAAGUUUGAAGGGACCCUGGGGAUCAUCUAGUCCAACCCCCUGCAGUGCAGGAAUAUGCAGCUGUCCCAGACAGGGAUCGAACUUGUAAACCUGCCGCUAUCAGCACCAUGCUUUAACUAACUGAGCUAUCCAUAUGUAUCCAUAUAUUAUAUAAGGGAGCGGGUGAUGCUGUGGUCUAAACCACUGGUCCUCUUGGGCUUGCUGAUCAGAAGGUCGGUGGUUCGAAUCCACACAAUGGGGUGAGCUCCUGUUGCUCUGUCCCAGCUUCUGCCAACCUAGCAGUUUGAAAGCACACCAAUACAAGUAGAUAAAUAGAUACCGCUGCGGCGGGAAGGUAAACAGUAUUUCUGUGCCCUCUGGUUUCCAUCACGGUAUCCCAUUGCGCCAGAAGCGGUUUAGUCAUGCUGGCCACAUGAACCAGAAACCUGUCUGUGGGAAAAUGCCGGCUCCCUCAGCCUGAAAGUGAGAUGAGUCCUGCAACCCCAUAGUCUCCUUUGACUGGAUUUAACCGUCCAGGGGCCCUUUACCGUUUCACUUUACCUAUUAUAUGCUUUUACAGUGGUACUUCGGGUUAAGAACUUAAUUCGUUCUGGAGGUCUGUUCUUAACCUGAAACUGUUCUUAAACUGAAGCACUACUUUAGCUAAUGGGGCCUCCCGCCGCCGCCACUCAAUUUCUGUUCUCAUCCUGAAGCAAAGUUCUUAACCCGAGGUACAAUUUCUGGGUUAGCGGAGUCUGUAACCUGAAGCAUCUGUAACCUGAAGCGUCUGUAACCCGAGGUACCACUGUAUUGCUGAUCCUUUGGUUUCUAAUUGCUAUUAUAGAUGUAAUGAUUUUUUUAAAAAUGCAAUGAUUUUAAAUAUGUAAUACUUUAAAAUAUGUUUUUAAUGGACUUGUGAAAUCGCUUUGAGAUGCAAUAGAGGAAGCAGCCUAUAAAUGAAACGAAUGGAUGGAUAAAACGUAUGGUUUUUUUAAAUCAUUAAUUGCUUCAGGACCCCCCCUCCCCCCUCCCCCCCCCCCAAUGUCUCAACAAAUGAAACUGAUUUGUAAAAAUGUUACAUGGAAAAAAUACGAGAGACAUUACACAUACUUCUGUAAAACAAGAAAAUCUUUAAUAAAAAAAAAGAACAAACAAAAAUUUAAUUGCUUCAGGAUAUUUCAUGGGAAGCCCCUCAUAACUGAAAUAAAUGCAUGUGUGCCAAGCAUGAGCCUUGCCACUGAGAGGCACUCCGUCUGAGGACACAGCACAGAAGAUGGAUUUGCACUGCCAGGGGUCUGGUGUGGCCUCAGUCACAUGGCGGGAAGCGGAAAAGCAGGCGCAUAGGUCAACACAGGCAGGCAGGAGAAGGAGAAGCCGUGCAACUUCAAAAGGGGCACUUCCAAAACAUCAGCCCGCAUAAUAAUAAUUUAUAUAUAUAUAUAAAAAACCCUCCUGGAAGGCAUAAAGCCGAGAAGGGCAGGAACUGCAGAUGUAGGAAGGAGGAAGAAAGAGAUCCAACAAGAAAGGGGAGGGAGGGGGAAACAGAAAAGAGGGAUCGGCUGAGCAGGGAUGCAGCUGAACAGGGAGUGAUCUGCUGGUGAGAGAGGGAAAAGGGGGUGAAGUGUGGUGGACGGGGGGGGGGAUCCACAUAUUUAGACACCCACAGUAUUGUAAACCUGUACAUUGGAAAAAUAAUUUCCUGAGGCUUCUGUCUCAAAGCUGAUCUCAAAGGGGGAAAGGAUUUUAAAUCUCCUCCUCUGCAUUUAUAUUUUUUGGACUAGACUAGAGGCACAUGGUAGAUGUGUGGUGUGGUGUGUGUGUGUGUGGGGUGUGUGUGUGUGUGUGUGUGUGUGUAUGUAUUAUUCCUGAGCCCAUGGUCUAAGUCAGGGGUUGCCAACCCUGAAGAAACCUUGACUGGUGGUUCAGUUUUUUAAGUUGGCGCUAGACAGCACAGCAACUAAAGAAAGAAAAGCGCUUUGUACAUGCACAGAGGCGUAUGUAUAGCUGCUUGCUCCAUAUAUCCCUGGCCUGAGCCCCCCCACAAAAAAUGCGGGAACUAAAGACCUGUGAGCUCAGGCUCCAGUGAAGCCCUGUGGUCUGCCUCCUUAACUGCUCCCAACUGCCAUGGUUCAAAAAACCAACAUCCUUGGAAUAGAAUCCCUGACCAUUAUUUACACCUUUCCUCAUGGACUCAAGCUUGACUCAUCACCUGUUGCAAGAUCCCUGUUACAAUACGACCACCUCACUUUCCUCACCAUCCAUUUGGGUUGACGCUUUUAUAUCUAUGGAGGGCACAGCCCCGUGUAACCUUGUCACUUUUCCAGGUCUCGCAGGAGCAUCGUCCCCACCUCUGAGGGAAGCGGAAGCAGCAAUGGACACACAACUGCCUCAGGUACGGGGGGCUGGGGCUGGGUGUGGGGUACCUGGGAGAGGGGCAACUCCUGUAUUGAGAGAGCUCAGGGCCCAGAUUCCUCUGUUCUGGCUGAGUUGAGAGGCGGGUGCCAUCGUUCAGCUUCAGCAUCCAGGAAGCAAAAUUCCUUGGCAAAUUCCAAAGCAUCUCUUACAGUCAAAGGGAUGCAGAAGUAGGACUGGCCUCAGGUUUGCCUAGGAUGGGACAGCAAUUGGUACCCGCUUCCUGCAAAAUCAAUCAAUCAAUCAAUCAAUCAAUCAAUCAAUGUUGACUUGAUUUAUUGCUCAAGAUCACAGCAAAGGGUUGUUCGUUUUCUGGGAGCUGGAGAUCAUGUAACAGAUGUUUGAACUACGAGCUGGAAAUAAAAGCCCCAAUUUAAAUCUCAGGAUAAAGUAAAGGUAAAGGGAUCCCUAACCAUUAGGUCCAAUCGUGGCCGACUCUGGGGUUGUGGCGCUCAUCUCACUUUAUUGGCCGAGGGAGCCGGCGUACAGCUUCCGGGUCAUGUGGCCAGCAUGACUAAGCCGCUUCUGGCAAACCAGAGCAGCGCACAGAAACGCCAUUUACCUUCCUGCUGGAGAGGUACCUAUUUAUCUACUUGUACUUUGACGUGCUUUCGAACUGCUAGGUUGGCAGGAGCAGGGACCGAGCAACGGGAGCUCACCCUGUCGCGGGGAUUCGAACCGCCGACCUUCUGAUCGGCAAGUCCUAGGCUCUGUGGUUUAACCCACCGUGCCAACCGCAUCCCAAAAAUCUCAGGAUAGGGGUGAGCUAAAUGUAAUUUGGGCAGUUAAUAGACAGAUUUUUGUGUUGGAUUUUUGGGGCGUGGGGUGGGGGAAUAGCAGCCAAAGCAUACACACACCCCAUGCCAAAUAAAGUACUGUGGGGCAGAGGGAAGGGGUUUCAAAAUGUUUGGUACAUUUCUGCCCUGAGGGUAACUUUGGGAGACAGGGUGAUAUUAGGACAAUGACAUUAAGGAGUUAAUCCCAACUUCCCCCCAGCACUGCCAUCCUGAUCCAAAUUGGCAGGUGCAGGCAACAACACUCAUUUUUUAAAAAUUGUAGGAGACCCAGUUGUAGGUCUGCCAUUGUUAUGGAAAAAUCUGGGUGCGGGGUUACUCUGCCACCCAGCUCGUCGGACUAAGUCCGCGGGUCCCUGCGGAAUAAAAUGAGCUCAGCCGGACGCAGGAGCAAACUACAGAAGAUCCAAGUUUAUUGCGCAACAGGUUCAAGGCGAGAUUGAACAGCGAGAAAGGGGUGACAUGAACUUUUGAAAUUUCCCUCCAUAUCCCAGAAUACAGUGCAAAAUACAUCCCAGUUACAUCAUGAAUACAUUAGGAAGAGGUUGGGUUACACUGGAUUAACAUAUGGAGGAGGGAGGGGGGAAUAUGCAGAGCUAGAGAUAUGGAGGAGGGAGGGGGGAAUAUGCAGAGCUGGAGAUAUGCGCAGAUAUGCACAUCCUGAGAAGACAAUGGUCCAUGUAUGCAUAGUCUGUCACCUGGCAUCGCCCGGAGGAAGGGCUUGGCAGAGCGAUUUGACCGGAUUAGGGUCUUGACACCUUGCUUGAGGGAUUAUGGAGGACUGGGGAGGUGUCAUGGGGUCCUAGAGAAAUUGAGCAAAUUGGCACGUUGAUUUUCUAUGAAUUUUAUAGAUUUUAGUCCCUUUUGACAUUGACAAUUGGAAAUAAAUGGAUAUAUUGUAGCGAAGAAGGAGGUGAAGAAGACAUGCCCCCCCCUUCCGUAUCAGCCAUGCUGAUAUCUACUUGAAUGCUCAGUGGCCUCAAAAGCAACCCAUGGUCUGUCUUCCUCUUAAGCUUCGUUUACAGGGUUGUAAGGAUUACAGAGGAAAUGGGUGAAACCAAACUAAGUCAAUCUUGAGGGUACAAGUCAGCGAAUUCAUCCAUCGAUAUCAGUCAGUCUCCUCUGAGUGUGACUAACAAUGGAUAUUGGCCAUUGGACAUAGAUUGCCUGGCUGUUUUUAUUUAGGCAAUUUAUAAGCUGCCCUUCUGCAAAAGGACUUUCAGUGUGGUGUACAAUUUAAAGCAAAAGUCACAAAAGUCACAAAAACCAAACAACAUUUGUUGCUUCCAGACAGCCUGUUUAGUAGGCAUUCCUCCUGAUCUGUUUGCAAGAUUAGACAACGUGGGCUAUUUAAUGAGCAUUCCCCAUCAAAGCCAGUGUUAUCCCACACUUUCCUGUAUUUUCCCCAUCUUUUUCCUUAUUACAAAACAUCUGUUCUUUUGGGGGAAGCCAGGUCUCUGUGCAGGACCUGCCAAUCAACUACAAUUGCGCAAUCUGAAUUUACCAGUACCUUGGAAGUCGAACGGAAUUCGUUCCGGAAGUCUGUUCGACUUCCAAAACGUUCAGAAACCAAAGUGUGGCUUCUGAUUGGCUGCAGGAAACUCCUGCAGCCAAUUGGAAGCCGCUGAAGCCGUGCCGGAUGUUCGGCUUCUGAAAAUCAUUCGAAAACCGGAACACUCACUUCUGGGUUUCAAUAGUUCAGGAACUGAUUUGUUCGGGAGCCAAGGCAUUCGAGAUCCAAGGUACGACUGUAUGUGACUGGAUCCCAUGUACAAAUAGCAGCCACCCAGAAUAAGGUUACUAGAUGUCCCCGUUUCCCGGGGACAGUCCCCAGAUUUACAAAUUUUGUCAGUUUCCUGACAAAAUCCAUCUUAUUUAGUAGGAAGUUGAAAAGUGUCCCCGGAUUCAUUGAGAAAAAUCUGGUAACCUUAGCCCAAAAGCAUCCCAAGUCAUAGUUAUCUGUAGCAACAGGGAACUUAGUAUUUGCAUCACACUUUUCCUAAAUGUUGCUAUUUCCUUUCUUUCCAGAGCUGUGUGGCUUUUGAGGAUGUGGCUGUGUAUUUCACAGAGAGUGAGUGGUCUCUAUUGGAUACACAUGAAAAGGCUUUGUACCGGGACGUCAUGCAGGAAAAUUAUGGGCAUGUUGCCUCUUUAGGUAAGUGCCCUUUUUCUCAACUUUUGAUAAGAAAUGUAAUUCUCUUCCCUCCACCCCUUUCAUUCAGAAAUUCAUUUCAACACAUGCUUCUGGCGGUGUGGGACUUGCUCUAGGAGAGAGGUACUCGUAUCUUGUAGCAUAGAAAGCAAAUUAUUAUAAUGUGUCUGGUAUUAGUACAGUGGUACCUCGGGUUACAUACGCUUCAGGUUACAUACGCUUCAGGUUACAGACUCCGCUAACCCAGAAAUAGUACCUCAGGUUAAGAACUUUGCUUCAGGAUGAGAACAGAAAUCGUGCAGCAGCAGCGCAGCGGCAGAGGAGGCCCCAUUAGCUAAAGUGGUGCUUCAAGUUAAGAACAGUUUCACGAUAAGAACGGACCUCCAGAACGAAUUAAGUUCUUAACCUGAGGUACCACUGUACUCAGUUCCUAACACUGAAAAGAUAUCUUUUGGGGGUGGAUGAGCUCUUAGUUGCUUUUUUUUUUACUUUUACUUUUCUUAUUUGCAUUUGUUAAUGUUUUGAAAUUCAAUCAAAACAAUUUGGGGGGAAAACACAUAAAAGACAAUCAUUAAAAUAAUAAACUGUAAUAUAAAAAAUAUCUACUAAGAUACAGUUCAUAAAAAACAAUAGAAGCUUUAUAUACAGGCUCGUUGAGUGAACUUGCCCUGUGCUGACUUCAAAUCCUUAAUUCCCCGCAAUUUCUUCUUCUUUAUUUUUUCGUCAGUUUUUAUAUGGAAGUAUUUGGUAGCCAGUUCAGUCAUGCCAAAAUUGGUGUUAUAUGUUCUGACUAUCAUGCUCUGGGCAGCCCCACAUAUUACUCGAGUUUCUUCUGUUCCCUGGACAGGUUUUCGAGUUGUCAAACCCAACUUGAUCUCCCAGCUUGAGCAAGAGGAAGACCCAUGGAUCCCAGACCAGCCAAUUGUGGAGGAAAAGGAGAUCAUUUUGGAGCCUGACACAGGUGGGGAAGCUGAGACACCACCCCAAUACACAUUGAAUCCAGUAUAAAGGGACCCCUGACUGUUAGGUCCAGUCGCGGAUGACUCUGGGGUUGCGGCGCUCACCUCGCUUUACUGGCCGAGGGAGCCGGCGUUUGUCCGCAGACAGCUUCCGGGUCAUGUGGCCAGCAAGACUAAUCCGCUUCUGGCGAACCAGAGCAGUGCGCAGAAACACCGUUUACCUUCCCGCCGGAGCGGUACCUAUUUAUCUACUUGCACUUUGACGUGCUUUCGAACUGCUAGGUUGGCAGGAGCAGGGACUGAGCAACAGGAGCUCAACCGCCAACCUUCUGAUCGGCAAGCCCUAGGCUCUGUGGUUUAGACCACAGCGCCACCCGCGUCCCUGAAUCCAGUAUACAUUGGGCUAAACUCUGGAACACAAUUUUGGGUUCUGCUCCUGUCUAGAGUGAUGAAAUGUCCCUCUUAACCAUACUCUUUCUCACAUAUUUCCUGUGAACCAGAGAUUCCUGAUGUGAUAAUAAAGCUGGAAGAAGAAGAAGACGAGGGGGAGCAGCUUUGGGUUCUGGACCACCAGUGGCAAAAGUCCUUCCCAGGUACUGCCAGAUCAGGUGAGGGGUGGAAAUUAGGACCAAGAGGAUGGCCAGACGGCACAUUGCUUUAACAAGAUACAAAAAAUAAAGAGGAUGCAAGAUGAACAAACAGGGACGCGGGUAGCGCUGUGGGUUAAACCACAGAGCCUAGGACUUGCCGAUCAGAAGGUCGGCGGUUCGAAUCCCCGUGACGGGGUGAGCUCCCGUUGCUCGGUCCCUGCUCCUGCCAACCUAGCAGUUCAAAAGCACGUCAAAGUGCAAGUAGAUAAAUAGGUACUGGUUCGGCGGGAAAGUAAACAGCGUUUCUGUGCGCUGCUCUGGUUCACCAUAAGCGGCUUAGUCUUGCUGGCCACAUGACCCGGAAGCUGUACGCCGGCUCCCUCGGCCAAUAAAGUGAGAUCAGCGCCGCAACCCCAGAGUCGGUCACGACUGGACCUAAUGGUCAGGGGUCUCUUUACCUUUAAGAUGAACAAACACCUAUGAAAGCUAAUAAUAAUAAUAAUAAUAAUAAUAAUGCAACCACAAUAAGAAAUAUCCUAAAAAAUAAUAAAAUAGUGAGCGUUAAAAAACAAAAAUAAAUCCUGGAGGACCACAAAUAGUUAUGGUAAGAUAGCAAUUGCAUCCAUCCUCCGAAGGCCAAAUUGGAAAGUUUUGAUGACCUUCUGCUACAGCGUUGAGAAGGGGAAAGAUGAACUUCCCUAGGCAGCUUACAACCAGAUUACAAAUCAGGGGAGGGAUCUGAUAAGUCAAAUGAUAAGUAACUCUUGAACAAAACUCUUGCGUUGCAGGGGGCUCGACUAGAUGACCCUCAGGGUCCCUUCCAACUCUACAGUUCUGUUAUGAUUCUCUAGUUGUGCUCUACAUCUGAGGUCGGCUGUUGGAAUAUUGCACCUGAACGCUUCGUUUUACCUCUCCUUUCCCUACCCCCUUUGAUUCAGGAUUUCCCGACCUCGUGAUAAAGCAAGAACAGGAAGAGGAGCCCUGCGUCCCAGAACACCCAGGAGCCGACGAAAAUGCGAAUGCUGCUGCAGAUCAGUCAGGUGUGGUAACAGUUCAUCUGAUUUGGGGUUCACCACCAGGUCUUGAUGAUCCUUAAUUUUAAAGGGUUUACGUGGGCAUUUCUCCCCAGGGCCCUCUCUCCAGUUCUGCAGGUGCACAAGGCGAUCGUGGGAACACAGCAAGCUUCUCCCUGAUCCUAACUCAGAUCAGCUCAGUAUUUUCUCCUCCAACUAGCAGUAGUUCUCCAGGGGCACAGACUGAGUUCUUUUUCAGACCUGUUGGGGACAUAGCUUUCAAGCGUCCCUUAUUUGGCGGGAAAGUCCCUUAUCCCAGCACCGUGUCCCGCUGCUGUCCCUUAUUGAUGAUGUCCCUUAAAUUUCCCAGGUUUCAAAGGAAGCAGCUCCUCUCCCUCCCUCCCUGCCGGCCAGGGAGGCUCCAACUGUGUUGCUUGGCUGCGUUGCUCACCCAAUAAGGAGUCUAAGAACGACUGGGGGGUGGAGCUUUCAUGCCUUGUGCCAAUCAAAUCGGCUUCGUUGCCUGGGGACUUGCCUUUACUCAGUGCUUCCCAGUGGAGAAUGGCAUGGUUUUCCUUGCUGCAUCCCCUUUGCGGGGUUGCUGCACUAUGGGAACCACCACUUGAGGCUUCGUUUGGCUGCUGGUUGACUAAAAUCCCUUAUUUUGGCUGCUGAUCCCUUAUUUUCGAGGCUGCUAGUUCCUUAUUUUCAAAUCUGUAAGUUGACAGCUAUGAUUGGGGAUGACUAGGACUGUACCUGAGAACUUUCUGCAUAAAGACUGGGAUGGUACAGUCCCUUUCGCACCAGGCCAUCCUGGGUCCUUGCAACCUGGAGCUGUCCAGAUGUUUCAGCCGCUGCCAGCACGACUGUCCUGGCCGGAGCUUGGCCUAGGAACCAAACCUGAUCUAAAAGUCUUAAAAGUCACGGCCGCCAGACUUUUAUAUGCACAAAAAUGGAAGGGCACGUCAUUACUAACAAUGGAAGAAUGGCUGUUAAAACUGACGGACUUAGCUGAGAUGGCGAAGCUGAUGUGUUUGAUCAGAGAAAAGGCACUUUAAAAAAAAUUAUUAGAAAUUUCAACACAGUAAUUUUAACAAAAAUACAUCAUCCACAUUGGUUCCCCCCCUCCAUUUUCCUCCCCCCUCCCCCUAAACAAAAAACCCAACCUCCCCCCCACCCCCGGACUUCCCUCAACUCCUUUCUCUGGUUUCUCAACACAUCUUUCUGUCUGCAUGUUAUAAAAUUGUAAAGAUCCUCAAAUUAUCUAUCUAUAUAUUACAAUAAAGAGUUUGUGAAUGUUUAUUCAAAACCUGCCACAGAGUCCAGUUCAUUUUGUUCUUCAAAUAUUUCAUAAAAGGUUCCCAUUCAUCUUUAAAAUCACAGUUAUCCUUGUCACGUAGUCUGUGUGUCAGUUUUGCCAAUUCCGCAUAGUCCAUCAGUUUUUCUUGCCACAGUUCUUUCGUCAGGAUUUCCUCAUUCUUCCAUCCUUGUGCUAUUAAGACUCUUGCUGCCGUUGUUGCGUACAGAGAGAAAAGGCACUUUUGUUAAAGACUGGAAAAGUCUCUUAGACUUUUUGUGUGAAAAAGACAAUGAGGAUUGAAGAUAAUGUUUGUUUAUAGAAAGUUAGAAAGUGGCUUUGUUGGGUGUUAUAUUCGAUUGAACAAAGUGAAUAUUAUUUUUACAUAGCGGACAGAUGCAGAAUAAGAAGUUAUUUAUUUUCUAUAUCUUAUUCUCCUAUCUUUCUCUUUUACCCUCUUUUCUACUUUUUAAAUUUUCUUUCUUUUUCUUUCUCUCCCCCCCCUUUUGUGAUUUUAUUGUAUCUAGAUAAAAGUCUUGGUUUGUUUUUUUAAAAAGGGAGAAGAUAAUAAGAUUUGUAUUUUUCUCUGUAAGCCUUAAUAAAAUUUAUUUUAAAAAAUUAUGAAACCUUCUCUGAUCUCCUUCCUCCUAAACAGGAUUUCCUGGCAUAAUAAUAAAGCUGGAACUGAAAGGAGAGACCUGGGCCCAAGAUUUCCAAGAAACUGAGGAAAGGGCAACUGUUUCAGGUGAGGCAAACCACAGUGCCAACAGCAGGAAACAGCAGGAAGAAGCUUGGCAGGAAGCUAGUCUCCACUUGCCAAAUAAAAAGAGGGUGCCUGGGACACGAAGAAAAGGCUAAAGCAGGGGUAGGCAACCUAAGGCCUGGGGGCAAGAUGCGGCCCAAUCGCCUUCUCAGUCCGGCUUGCGGAUGGUCCAGGAAUCAGCAUGUUUUUACAUGAGUAGAAUGUGUGCUUUUAUUUAAAAUGCAUCUCUAGGUUAUUUGUGGGGCAUAGGAAUUCGUUCCUAUUUUUUUUCAAAAUAUAGUCUGGCCCCCGCACAAGGUCUGAGGGACAGUGUAGCGGCCCCCUGCUGAAAAAGUUUGCUGACCCCUGGGCUAAAGUGACAUACCAUCCGUGUGCCAUUUUCCCUUUGGGUGCCAAGGCCCUGAGGCAGAGAGGGGAGAAGAUCUGCUAUGCCCUUUUAUUGUUAUCAUUUCUUUGUUUAUUAAAUUUGCAUGCCACCCUUCAUCCGUAGAUCUCAGGGUGAUUCGCAGGAUAAAAUUACAAUAUUAAAAACCACAGAAUACAUAGAAAAAAUAAGAAAAACAAACAAACCAAUAAUAAUAAUAAAAAAUUUUAUUUGUAUCCCGCCCUCCCCGGCCAAAGCCGGGCUCAGAGCAGCUAACAUCAUAUAAAUAAGACAAUACAGUGGUGCCCCGCAAGACGAAUGCCUCGCAAGACGAAAAACUCGCUGGACGAAAGGGUUUUGCGUUUUUUGAGCUGCUUUGCAAGACAAAUUUCCCUAUGGGCUUGCUUCGCAAGACGAAAACGUCUUGCAAGUUUGUUUCCUUUUUCGUAAAACCGUUAAAACCCAAGGUGCAUUGCUUGAAGAGGUGCAGUUGCGACUUGACUUCGAGGAGCAACUCGUAGCACGCGGUGUGGUAGCCUUUUUUGAGGUUUUUGAAGACUUUGGUGAUUUUUGAAGCUUUUCCAAAACUUCUUUUGCAGCCAUUUGGUAAGUUAAACUUUUAAAACUUUUUGGGGGGGUUUUUGGAUUUUGGGUUGGGGUGUUUGGAAUUCAAGGACUUGGUGUUGGGGAGGGGUUUGCAAGAAUCUGGAAGCUUGUGUGUUUUUUUUCUGCAUUUUUAUGAUUUUUGUGUGACCAUUGGGCCACUCUGCUGGUUUUUUUUAAAAAAAUCUGGAUUUGAAUUUCUGUGUGGUGGGUGGCUGGGGGAACAGCUGAGGAGGGGUUUGCAAGAAUCUGGAAGCUUGUGUGGUUUUUUCUGCAUUUUUAUGAUUUUCUGUGACCAUUGGGCCACUCUGCUGUUUUUUUAAAAAAAAUUCUGGGUUUGAAUUUCUGUGUGGUGGGUGACUGGGGGAACAGUUGGGGAGGGGUUUGCAACAGUUGGGGAGGGGUUUGCAAUUUCUGUGUGGUGGGUGGCUGGAGGAAUAGUUGAGGUUUUUGAAGACUUUGGUGAUUUUUGAAGCUUUUCCAAAACUUCUUUUGCAGCCAUUCGGUAAGUUAAACUUUUAAAACUUUUUGGGGGGUUUUUGGAUUUUGGGUUGGGGUGUUUGGAAUUCAAGGACUUCGUUCUGGGUUUGAAUUUCUGUGUGGUGGGUGGCUGGGUGCUUUUGAAUUUUUUGGAUGUGAAGCACUGAUUUUUUGGGGGGGGGGGUUGCGCAGGUAGGAGCUGUGCUGCCAUGGGACCCAAGAAGACUGCUGCUGCAGAGGGUGGCGAGGGGAAGAAGGAGAAGGUUACGCUGGAAAUGAAGAAGGAGAUCAUCCGGAAGCACGACGGUGGAAUGCGUGUGACAGACCUCGCCAGGGAGUACGGGAGGAAUCCAUCGACCAUCGGGACCAUCCUGAAGAUGAGGGAGAAGAUCCUUGCGACUGAUGCAGCCAAGGGAGUCACCAGGAUCGUGAAGAACCGCCCAGCUGUUCUGGAGGAGGUGGAGAAGUUGCUGCUCAUCUGGUUAGAAGAGAAGCAGCGUGCAGGGGACACAGUGACUGAGGCCGUCAUUUGUGAGAAGGCCAAGGCCUUGCACGCAGACCUCGUCCGGCAACAGCCAGGAACCUCAGGUGAGCCAGAAGUCUUCAAGGCAAGCAGAGGCUCGUUUGACCGGUUCAAGACAAGAUCUGGAAUCCACAGCGUGGUCAGGCAUGGAGAGUCUGCCAGUUCUGAUGUUUCUGCGGCUGAAGACUUUGCAGUGGAGUUCCUGGAGGUUGUGAAGACGGAGGGCUACAUUCCACAGCAGGUCUUCAACUGCGACGAGACCGGGCUGUUUUGGAAGAGGAUGCCCAAAAGGACUUUCAUCACACAGGAGGAGGCCAAGUUGCCUGGCCACAAGCCCCUGAAGGAUCGUCUGACCCUGCUCUUCUGUGCCAACGCAAGCGGCGAUCUGAAGAUCAAGCCCCUGUUGGUGUACCACUCGGAGAACCCACGGGCCUUCAAGAAACACAAGGUCGACAAGGAGCGGCUGAGUGUCAUGUGGCGAUCCAACAGUAAGGCUUGGGUCACACGUGUGCUGUUUGUGGACUGGGUCAAUCUUGCUUUUGGCCCUGCUGUCAAACAGUACCUGCUGGACAACGACCUGCCGCUGAAGGCUUUGCUUCUGAUGGACAAUGCUCCUGCUCAUCCUAAAGGCCUUGAGGAGGACUUGUUGGAGGAGUUCAGCUUCAUCAGCAUCAUGUUCCUGCCGCCUAACACCACGCCACUGCUCCAGCCGAUGGAUCAGCAGGUCAUCGCCAAUUUCAAAAAAUUCUACACCAAGGAGCUUUUCAGGCGAUGCUUCGAGGUGACUGAUUGCACCACCAUCACCCUGCGGGAAUUCUGGAAGGACCACUUCGACAUUGUCAUCUGCUUGAAGAUGAUCACCACGGCCUGGAAUGGGAUCAGCCAGAGAAAUUUGAAUUGCGCUUGGCGCAGCCUGUGGCCGGACUGUGUGGCACCAAGUGACUCUGAUGCACCAGAGUCAACAGUGGUGCAGGACAUUGUUGCCUUGGGGAGGACCAUGGGCCUGGAGGUCACAGAGGAGGACAUCAGCGAGCUGGUGGAGGAGCACGACCACGAGCUGACCACCCAGGAGCUGGUCGAACUGCAGGCAGAGGCUGCGCAGGAGCAGGCUUCGCUGGAAGAGGAGGAAGCAACUGAGGAACGGCUGUCCUCCAAAGAACUGAGGGACAUUUUGCCUGAAGUGGAAGGAUGUGCAGGCUUUUGCACAGCGGCACCACCCUGACAAGCACGUGGCACAUGACCUUGCGAACACACUUGAUACGAGGGUCAUGUCGUCUUUCAGGGAGGUGCUGAAAAGGCGGAUGAAGCAGCAGACCAUGGACAGGUUCUUCAGCAAGAAGCAAAGAGUGGAAGAGGAACAUUCUUCGAGUUGUCCCCCAGAGUCUUAGAAAAUGAACUGUACACUUUGUUGAUUUUCAAAUGUUUUUCUGUCAUGUUUAGAAACUUAAUUUAUUGUUCCUUCAAUUUUUGAAAUGCUCUUUACAGUAUGUGUGACUUUAAAGAGCACUUAAUAAACUCUUGUUGUACCAAAUUUGGCUUUGUUUGGACUUUUUUUGACCAUAGGAACGCAUUAAUUGAAUUUCAAUGUAUUCCUAUGGGAUUUCAUGCUUCGCAAGACGAAAAAUUCGCCAGACGAAAAAACUCGCGGAACGAAUUAAUUUCGUCUUGCGAGGCACCACUGUAUGCACAAUACAACAUGCAAAUAAAAUAACAUUCAACAUUCAUUAAAAUAAUAUAGAAUAUUAUUAAAUAUCAGCAUUUCAAAUUAAACAGAAAUCCACUCUUAACAGUUACAAUGAGUAAUUUCUAAACUCCAAUCAAUAAAACGCAGCAAACCACAGUGCACAACAUAAUUCAAUGCAAAAUGAGAAGCAGAGACUGGAGGGUGGGGCAACGCAGGUGGAAAGAGGCCUUGCCUGGUGAAGUCUCUCCCCUCAGUCUCCCCAUUCUUCCCACAUUUAAAAGGGCUUUGGGUGCCAAUCAGCCAAAGGCCUGGUUGAAGAGGAACAUUUCUGCCUGGCCCCCAAAGGUGUAUAAUGAAGGUGCCAGGUGAGCCUCCUUGCGGAGAGAAUUCCACCUCCUUUUUGGUUUGGAAGUUCCAGUCAAACUGCACUGGCAGCAUCGAUCAAAGUGAGGAUCCCUUCUGGUUCUCUCUAAAGAUCUGCUCAUAAGGUGUAGAAAAGCUGUACAGAAAGGCUAUCCGUAACCAUCACUGUUUGGUCAGGUUCGGGGCUUCAUUUCAGCUGGAACUCGCCAGAACUCGGUUCCGGCUUCUCUCAGUUGAGCGCCAUUGCCAUUACAGUGGUACCUCAGGUUACAGAUGCUUCAGGUUACAGACUCCGCUAACUCAGAAAUAGUAGCUUGGGUUAAGAACUUUGCUUCAGGAUGAGAACAGAAAUCAUGCGGUGACAGCGGGAGGCCCCAUUAGCUAAAGUGGUACCUCGGGUUAAGAACAGUUUCAGGUUAAGAAUGGACCUCCAGAACGAAUUAAGUUCUUAACCUGAGGUACCACUGUAUAAGUAAACAAGGGAGGUGUUCAUGGUGAGUUCCGGUACCUCUUUUCCUAUAAAAAUAGCACUGGUCUGGUUGUCCCUUAUGGAAGCCAAAUUACAUAUCUUUAUCAAGUAAACAAAACAGUGAAUUGCCACACGUUUUGGUUGAUGACUUCUUUCCUCAGGAGACAAACUAAGGCAAUAUAUCUCUUACUGCUGUCACAAUUCUCUGUUUAUCUGAACAGGCAAUGGGUACAUGAAAGAAGAAGGCUCCAUCCCACCAGAAAGCACUCAUCAAGUGGCAACGGAUGAGACACUCUUGGGAACUGCCAAGGAGAGAAUUUUCCAGUAUCCAAAGAAGGCCGAGGUCUCUGUGAAAGAAGGCCAAGCAGGGAGGUACCAAGGAAAUGCCUCUGGAAAGAGAGUGGGAAAGACUUUAUCUCAUGGGGGAAGUGGCAUCAAUGAAACCAAACUCCAAAAGAGAAUCCAUAAGUCUGGGAGAAUGCUUAAAAAAGGAGAGGAACCAUAUAAAUACCUAGAUGAUGAUAAGAGAUCUGGUUGGAGAUAUUACCUGAUGACCCAUGGGAAGAGCCACGCAGGAGAGAAACUAUAUACAUGCUUAGUCUGUGGGAAAAGAUUCUUUCGGAGAUCUCAUCUUAUUAGACACAAGCUAAAUCAUACAGGGGAGAAACCAUAUACGUGUUCAGUCUGCGGGAAAAGCUUCAAUCAAAGAUCCCAUCUUAUUAGCCAUGAAAGGACCCAUACAGGGGAAAAACCGUACCCAUGCUCUGUCUGUGGUAAAAACCUGAGUCGUAAGGCACUCCUUAUAAGACAUGAGAGAAUUCAUACGGGAGAGAAGCCUUACAAGUGCUCUGAGUGUGGUAAAAGCUUCUGUCAGAGCUCUGGGCUUGUUGCGCACAAGAUCACCCACACAGGAGAGAAACCAUAUGCAUGUUCAGUCUGUGGGAAAAGCUUUAGUCGCAAAGCAAGCCUUAUCAGACAUGAGAGAAUUCAUAUGGGAGAGAAACCAUAUACAUGUCCAGUCUGUGGUAAAAACUUCAGCCAGUGCUCCGGCCUCCUUCAGCAUGAAAGAAUUCAUACAGGAGAGAUCCCGUAUAAGUGUUCUAUCUGCGGGAAAAGUUUCAGUCGUAAAGACUGCCUUCUGGGACACAAGGGAACCCAUACGGGAGAAAAACCAUAUUCGUGCUCUAUCUGUGGGAAAAGCUUCAAUUGGAAAAGUUACCUGGCUGUCCAUGAGAGAAGCCAUAAGGAAGAAAAGUCCUAUAUAUGUGCAAUCUGUGGGAAAAGCUUCAACCAAAGAUCCAAUCUUCUUAGCCAUGAAAAAACUCAUACACAAGAAAAAACGUACACGUGUUCUAUCUGUGGUAAAAGCUUCAUUCACAAAGUAAGCCUUAUUAGACAUGAACGAGUCCAUACUGGAGAGACACCCUAUAAAUGUUCGGUAUGUGGAAAAGGUUGCAGCGGGAGAACUAAUCUUAUUUCACAUGAAAGAACUCACACGGAAGAAAGGCCUUAUGCCUGCUCAUUCUGUGGUAAAAGUUUCAAGCAAAGAUCCAACCUCACAAGCCAUGAAAGAAUUCACACUGGAGAAACUCCCUUUAUGUGCUCAGUCUGUGGUAAAAGCUUCAGCUGUAAAGCAAAUCUUCUUGGACACAUGAGAACGCACACAGGGGAGAAACCGUAUUCGUGCUCAGUUUGCGGGAAAAGCUUUGGUAAUAAAUCACAAGUGGUCAUACACGAGAGGAUUCAUACAGGGGAAAAACCAUACACCUGCUCAGUCUGUGGGAAAAGAUUCAAACACAGAACAAGCUACACCGAACACCAAAAAAUCCACACGCAGGAGAAACCGUACACAUGCUCAGUCUGUAGCAGAAGCUUCAGUCGUAAGGAGCACCUGAUUAUUCAUGGGAGAAUCCACACCGGAGAGAAGCCAUAUUCAUGCUCAGUCUGUGAGAAGAGUUUCAAGCAAAAGUCAAGCCUUACUUCACAUGAGAGAAGCCACACAGGAGAGAAACCACAUACAUGCUCAGUCUGCGGUAAAAGUUUCAAUCGACGAUCAAACCUUAUUCAUCAUGAGAGAAUUCACACAGGAGAAAAACCACACCAUUGCACCGUCUGUGAUAAAAGUUUCCGGAGUAAAGCAUACCUGAGGAGACAUGAGAAAAUCCAUGCGCGAUGAGGCAAUCCAUAUGGGAGGUGGGACGGCGAUAUGGGGAGUGAAAACUGAAGUUGGAAAAAGAUGGUUAAAUAGAAAGAAAUUAUAUAUAUAUAUAUGUAACUCUAAACCACAGUAUAGCACUAUAGGAAUGAGUCUGUGUGGCCGGCAAAAAGAGUUUGAAAAAUUACACUUUGUUUUGUUUUUUUACUGUCCACAGUUACUUAAUUUGUCCAAGGCAAGAACUGUUAGCUCUUAACUAUGGUUUUUAGGAAGAUAUGAGCCCCAAAGUUUGUGCACGUAACACUAAACUAUAGUUUGGCAUUAUGUGUGACACAGGCCAUUGAAUAUAAGAGCUCCAGUUGUGGCAAAAAUAUCAGUCGCAUCCUGCCUCUUUGGCAACAACUUGGAGCAUUAGCUCUGGAGCAAAUACAAAAAAAUGUCAAGGUUUGCAACAAAUCUCAUAACCGUAUCUCAUGUUCCAUAAAUCUCAUUUAUCUCAAAACCGUAUCUCAUGUUCCAUAAAUAAAAAGUAAAUGUUAGGACAAAGUAUUAAGAGGAAAAAUCAGGAUGCAGAAAAAGGUAUAUGCUGAAAUGAUAUAUACCAUAUUAAAUAAUGAAAUUUCCCCCAAAGAGAUCUGUAGUACUGUGCCUACCGUGUAAUUGUACAUACAUUUCAGGACUGAUAAUAUUUGUGGUCCACGAACCGUUUCAGUUCCGUAACAGCAAAAUUUCUAUUUGAUGUAUGCACCCUUCUAAUAACAAAUCCUGCUUCUUGCCCUGUUUAUUAACACUGAAUUCUCGAAGCUUUUUAUUUUAGCUAUAAAAUAUUCUGAUGUAUGGUUUAUAAAACAGCAUUGUUUUGUUUUACUUUGACUAAAUCUAUCUUGGAGUCUCUUAUGUAACUUAUUAAAUAAAGUGUUUGACAAU